GCCUCGAGGAGAACGUCCAUCGCGAUACUUCUCUGCAGCUUAUCGUCCCCUACAGCUCCUCUAACAAAGACACGCUACUUUACCCUUGGAUAGGCGACACUUCCACCACUAUUAGGAGAGUCCUUAGCAACGGAACGCGAGAAUGGGCAACGGACCUUCGGUGGUACAGGAGGGUAGCGGUGGACCCAGCAGUUUCGGUGACUUUUACACUGUCUUGUCUGUCGAAAAAGACGCGACAAGUGACCAGAUCAGGAAAGCAUAUCUGAAAAAAGUCGUCGAGACGCACCCGGAUAAGAACCUCGAGGAUGCUGAGGGUGCGAAUAGACGAUUCCGGUUGGUAAAGAGGGCGUACGAUGUCCUGAUGGACGACGACGACAGAAGGCGGUACAACCUGUAUCCUGAGGCAUUUCAUCGCGAAGUAUCCGAUUGCGAUGACAAUGCCAGGACGGCAGCCGAGAAUCGAGCCGACGCGUCUGAAUACCCUGCCGCUCCUGGCGGGUGGAGGGACAACAUUGAUGAAGACGAAGACGAUGACGACGAGGGUGAUGGUCAACAGUACCAUUUCUUCCCUGGUGCAGAGCCCAGGUUUAGUCCCGAAAGCUCGUUCGCCGAAGACGACGACAAGGUUUCCUUCGAGGACCUCAUCAUAUUCUUAUAUCUCCUCGAUGGUAUGUCCUGGACUGCAGAUGAGGAUCAUCCCAAGAGCGUGUUCAACAUCGUACCCAAAUUCUUCGCCAAACUUGUUGAAGAUGAACUACAAUGGAGCGGGAAGCAGGCUUCGUCGUACCCCUCAUUCGGAGACGCACAUUCUGUCUUUGAUCUGUCUACAUACGCCAACGAGGAGCGCGCGAACAUUUCCGGACCCGAAGUCCGUCGGUUCUACACCUUCUGGUCCAAGUUCCAAACUGCUAAGCGGUUCGAGUGGUUCCAACCUGUUCAUUGCCCUAACCCGUAUUGCAUGGAUGAUCCAAGAUGCCAGAGGUUCUGCCGAAAGAUGAAUAAGAAAUGUCAAGAUAUGAUGCGAAUAAAGUACAAUGAAAUCGUCAAGGUGGCUGUUAUGGCUCUGCGCGAUAGCGACCCUCGAUACAAAGCCCAUCUCUAUCGCAAGAGUAGCGGACUGUAUUAUUCUUCGUCGAGCGUUCAGAAAUUGGACGAAGAGAGACAGCGCCAGAAGCAGAAGAAGAGGGACAGGAAGAAGAAGGGCAAGAAGGGCAAGUGGUGAAGUUCUUUGAUUCGUUUUUUCUUUCUUUCUUGGAGCACGCGCGUGCACAUAUAUUCACUGCUCUGAUCGUCCAUAUGUACUUAUAGCCUGUAACUACUCAUGUCAUGUAUCUGUAUAAUCUUGUUUGAACAUGUACUUUUACUUCUUCGCAAUCUAAACUUGCAACAGGCAGUCGCAGGGAGGCGUGUUUCCAAGACAACGCAUUUGUUGAAGUCAGGCUCCUGAGGCCUGUGAAGCUUGAAGCUCUGGUCUGUAGGGCGUUCCAGGAUACUAGCAGGUUUCAGUGCUGAAUGACUGG